CUCUCUUUCUCUCUCUCUCUCUCUCUCUCUCUCUACUCCCGCGGCCACAGCCAUGGCGACCCCCCUCUCCCUCCCUCACCUCUCCUCCCCCUUCUCCACCAAAACCUCGCUCUCCUCCUUCCUCCCCCGCUUCUCCUCCCCCUCCCUCUCCUCCUCUUCUUCUCCUUCGUCCACGUCUCUCCGCAGAGGACGCUCUCCCACGGCCACUCCGAGGCCCCUCACCGUCAAAUCCAUGGCGCCUCCGAAGCCCGGGGGGAAACCCAAGAAGGUGGUGGGAAUCGUAAAACUCGCUCUGGAGGCGGGUAAGGCGACUCCUGCGCCCCCAGUGGGGCCGGCGCUCGGGUCGAAGGGCGUGAACAUCAUGGCGUUUUGCAAGGAGUACAAUGCCAAGACCGCGGACAAGGCCGGAUACGUGAUUCCGGUGGAAAUCACAGUAUUUGAUGAUAAGAGCUUUACCUUCAUUUUGAAGACUCCCCCUGCCUCAGUUUUGCUCCUUAAGGCUGCAGGUGCUGAGAAGGGUUCAAAAGAGCCGAAGCGAGAGAAGGUUGGGAAGGUAACAAUCGAGCAGCUGCGUGCGAUAGCAACGGAGAAGUUGCCGGAUUUGAACUGCAAGAGUAUCGAGUCGGCCAUGAGGAUCAUAGCAGGCACUGCAGCCAAUAUGGGCAUCGACGUCGAGCCGCCAGUUCUCGAGCCAAAGAAGAAAGCUAUUGUAUUAUAGCCUAUUCGCUGCCUUGUCAUUUCCUCAUCAAUUUUCCUAUAAUAGUGGAUGAAACAGUAGAUUGUGUAUUCGAAAGUUGCGCGGUGAAGCUGCUUCAUUGGUCUUCAGAUAUUUCAUGCUGCUUAUCAUUUAUAGAGUUGAUAAUCUAUCAGUAGCUUAUACAUGGCACAGCACUAUUGGGCUUGAUGUACAGGCUAUAUGAAGAGCCUCGGUUAGCGCUUGGUGUGGAGAUAUCAUAUAACGAAAGUUAUUCCCGCUAUUCUUUUGUAAUAAAAAGAAAAAUGUUUGCGAAAUGGGAUUGCGGGGGAUAACUGAGAACAGU